AAAAUGGAGCUCCUGGUGCUUCUGCUGCUGACGUCAUCAGUUUUGGCGGCAAAUGUCGUUGACGAAGUGAAUCGCUUGCGUCAAGGAUUUGCGGCUUCAAAUGGAAUUCCUGACAUGUGGAAGUUGGUGGAAUCCGAGGAAAUGAUAAAAAUCGCAAAAACCUUCAGCACGGACUGCUCCAUCCACAAACCCGGCAAAAACUACCGCUAUUUCUACUUCCAUGGAAACGAUCAAGCUGGAAAAUUCGAGGGCUCACUGAUCGCGUUCAUCAACCAAAAUGAGCACACAAAUAUUCGACUUGUUAACCAAUUUUUCGGGAGUUACAUGCGAAAAACUGCAUUUUUUAUGGAUUUCCUUGAGCCGACGCAGAAGAAAAUCGGAUGCGUUCCUAUGAAUUGCAAGUUGACUGAUGUCUCGAAACAAUUCACUCCUGAAUAUAAGAUAUUGUGUGUUCUCGGUGACAGCCAACCAUCAAUGCCUCUGCCACUCCCAAAAUCCGACAAAAAGCCCGGCACCGAAUGCGGAUCGAAUGGACACGGCGAGGAUGGUCUUUGUGUGGAGAAUACAUAGAACGCUAGGAAAUUACAAAACAAAAAAAAGCAUUACUCACUCAAAAAUUGAAUAAAAAUAUUGUAAUUCAAU